CAAUAAUAUUGAUGUACUUUCGAACAAAUAAUUUAGCUUAAAUUUAACAUUUUAAUCGUUGGUUAGCUUGUGACUAACAUGGUAGUAGGGACAUAAGCACACUAGGAUAUUAAAUCUGCUCAAAAUUAUUUCAAUAAUAAUCAGAAAUCAAGCAGGACUUUAUUAAAUGGAACGAUAAUUGUUAAUGGAUAUUAGUUAUGGCAAUUCACUUGAGCCGGACGCUUGCAAUAAAAGCAGCGUUAUUGGCUGGAUUGUUACUAAUAUUCUUCAAUUUGAUUGGACUACGAUUUGAAAUCAAAUUUGAUCGAUCGCCCAUCAAUUUAUCUCAUACGAGCAUACCUCUUCAAUGGCCAAAAAGAACGCACACAAAUCACCACAACUUACAACAUCAUGCACAUUCAAUAAUAUCGACGUCGACAAGACAGACUCCAAUAAAUGAAUCGAUUGACUCCAGUCAUAAUGCCUCAAAAGUCAAUACCACAAAUUUGAAUCUCCCUGAUAGAUCUACAAAUGAUACAUCAACAUCAAACGUAAUAGUUAAUAAUAAUGAUAGUGUGUUUAGUGAAACUGGUGAUAUUAAGUUAAAUAGUAGUCAUAAAAGUGGUAAACAUGUAGAAAUAGUUAGUCAUAGUAGUAAUAAUAGUGAUAAGGUUAAUGGAACCGUACUGAGUAACGAUGUAUCAGUAUUGCCAAUGGUUGUUAAUCACGAUGUUAAUCAGCAUAAAACAAUUAAGCAACUGCACAAUGUUAAGGUUAAAAAGACAAAAUAUCAAGAUUUUGAUCAAAGUUUAGUUCCAGAUGAAGGAAUAUUUGAUAGUAUCAUGAAGGUGCUUGGUCUCAAUAAUAAAUGUCCCUUAACACCGCCGGAUCUUGUUGGACCGAUUGAAGUCGAUUCUAGUCCUGAAAAUUUGGAAAAUGUUGAGAAAAGUUUAUCGUCAAAAGUCGAUGCCGGUGGACGUUAUAAACCUAGUGAAUGUAAAGCACGCGAUCGCGUUGCCAUUAUUAUUCCCUAUAGAGAUAGAAAACAACAUUUACCAAUAUUACUUAAGAAUCUCCAUCCAUUCCUAAUGAAGCAGCAAAUAGAUUACGGAAUAUUCAUCAUUGAGCAGUCGUCAGAUGGAAAUUUUAAUCGAGCAAAAUUAUUUAAUGUCGGCUUUAUUGAAGCAUUAAAGCUUUAUGAAUGGGACUGUUUUAUAUUUCACGAUGUGGACUUAUUGCCAAUGGAUGAUAGAAAUUUGUACACUUGUCCUGAUCAACCGCGACAUAUGAGUGUUGCCAUUGAUACGUUCGAUUUUAAACUACCCUAUUCCUCAAUUUUCGGUGGAGUCUCGUCAAUGACUACAAAACAAUUUAAAGCAAUUAAUGGAUUUUCGAAUUCCUUUUGGGGCUGGGGUGGUGAGGACGAUGAUGCUUCUAGAAGACUAAAGCAUGCUGGAUAUCAUAUCGCGAGAUAUCCGGUAAACAUUGCACGUUACACCAUGCUGUCUCAUAAGAAAGAAAAAGCAAAUCCAAAACGCUAUGAAAAACUAGUGACAGGCGCCAACCGUUUCAACACUGAUGGAUUAAAUUCACUUAAAUAUAAAAUACUUGAAUCUGGAGCCAAACCGUUGUAUACUUGGAUUUUAGUUGAAAUUACUCCAGAAAAUAGAUGAUGAACCACAGCGAUGGAUUAUGAAUUUUUCAACAAAUAUUUUUUGGAUUUCGUUUAUCAUGUUUAUGAGUUGUUAUAAAUUUGCAACAGAAAUGAUGAAUUACUUGUAAUGGUGAAAUUUAAAACGUACUCGAAAUUGUGUGAAUCUGAUUUUUUUUUAUAAUUUUAAUGAUAUUAGGUUUGAUAUUUGUUAUAAUUAAGAUUGUUAUUAUAUUGCCGUCCAGGAGACAUUAAAAAGAAAUUUAUUAUUUUUUUUCGGAAUGUUUAUCGAAUAAACUCAAAAAUAAUUCAAAGAUUGAAGACGAAAUUCUAUAAGGAAAAAAAAAAGACCAAAGAGGACCAAGUUGAUUUUUUUGUUUACAUGGUUCUUGAUAAGAAAACAGAAAAUUCAAAAAAGCACAAAAUUUAUACAAAAGAAAAAGGAACAGAUUACUUACUUAAUUAUUAGUUUUUAUUGAAUAGAAGAUACUGAUUAAUCAGAAUAGGUAGCUUUUGGUCAAUUUUAAAACAAAUUUGUUAACAAUGAAUCUCUUAGAAUCUCCAUAAAUUUAAAGUUAAAAUGGAUUCUUUUGAGCUUUUAGGAUUUGUUGGAAUUUACAAAAAUUAAGGUAUUAACCUCAAUGCCCUUUUGAGUUUCCUAUGGUCCAAAUUAGCAUGUUGGCCCUCUGUUUGUUGAGAAUUUUAACGAGAAUCUUAAUUAUUUGUUCCUAAAGCUUGUUCUAGGCAAGAUUAUGCUAGGUUGAAUUUAUAUAGACUAGCUCAAACCUACCUUUAAGCUUACAUUCGAUUAACUACACUUUAAAAGAGGUAGUAGCGUUCUUAUGCUAGCUUUUUAAAGCUAGUAUUUUAUAAACUAGUUUCCGUAAACUAGUUUUGUAAAGUAGUUUUGUAAACUAUUUUCUAUAUCUAUAUAUUAGCUUUUGUGAGCAAUCAUCAAUUCCUCAAUCCUUAAAGCUCAAAGAAUCUCAAAUCCACAUUUAAUAUUCAAUUUACAUCUUUACCCAAUCUUUAGCUACAUUAAUAUUCAUUAUAAUUAAUUAAUCCUAUUAAAGAAAAUCCUAUAAUCAAUUUUUACAACAUUUGGGCGUAAAACAAUUUUUAAAAUGAAGAAAUUUUCUAGAUGCGCCGAGCAUUUACUUCUUCUGCCACAGAAAAAAGUUUAACAAUCUCAAUAAGAAUAAUAGAAGAGAAGAAUGAAAUCAUAGAUAAAUAAUAAUAAUUCAAUGAAAUUGCAUCAUAAAACAGAUGAUUUAUCGCUUACAUAAAACAAGCAAAAUAAAGACAAAUGAGUCAAUAGAUACAGAAAAGCUGAAUAAUCAUCUAUUAAGAUAUACAACAAUAAUGCAAUAACUUUACAAUAACUCUCAAAAGACGAAAGACUUCAAUUAAAUUUUUAUUAUUUUUUUUCGAUAAAAUACUUUCUAUACUCGAGAUAUUAAUAAAGAGUGCAUUUUUGUAGAGCUUGAUCAUGUGUGCCCGAGUGAUGUAGGGAUGUGAGAGCUAGCAUAUAGGAGCUUUAAGAUAGAACUUUAGCCAAACCUUCACAAAGCAAAUAAAUGUAGGGAAUGUUUCAAGUUGAUAAAAAAUAGACCUCAAAAUCAUGAAGGUCACAGGUUUGACUCCUAUGUUAAAUAAAAUUUUCUUUACUACUGAUUUUUAUCAGGUCUUAUGACGUACUCGUGUCUUUGCAAUGUGCAGAGCUUGCAAGUGGUUUGGAUCCCACUAUAAACUGUAGGUCUAAAGGGUGUGGUACAAUAGAUUCUGUUCUAAUUUGAAUCGCAGUGCCUCCAGCUGAAAGGCUGGGCCCUUCACACAUUAUUAUUACUUCUGAUUUGUUAACAACUCAUUUACAAAUCUUUAAAAUUCAUACUUCACUCGGGCUUCCUUAACAUAAACAGUGAAAUGUACACAUAUACUCAAAAUCCUGAAGGAUUUUUUUUUCCAUCUUCAGCUCUAAUUUUCUUCCUCCUGAUAAAUGCGCAUUGAUAAGACACGCCCGUUAUUCAAAAAGUAAGUGAACAAGAGAGAUGAGGAAGAACUUAUACAGCAACAGAAAUGAAAACAUAAAGAAUUUCUUCUUGAGCGAAAUUAGCAGACAUAUACAUAGUAAAUAUGGGAAUUUACUCUUUCUCCAGGUUCUUUUAAAAAUAUCUUUUAUGCGAUAUACUUUUUUUAUAGCUGCCUUCCUCUUCUUGUUCAUUAUUAUUAUUAUUAAGGCAACCAUUAACUGGGAGUAUGAAAUAUUUGAUCAUUAAAGGUGUUUUUGGGAUUAUGACGCAUUUUAAGGGUUUUUUAUUAAGGAUAAAGGAGAAAUCUACAACGAUUAGGCUAAGAAGGCUUAACUUACAAAUGGUUUAAUUUGGCAUUCUAAUAGGUUUCUAUGAAAUCCUAAUAUGGAUAUGGUUUCAAAAAUUAUGUAGCUUACGGGUUCAAUUCCUAUUUGUAAUAAAUCAUUAGAAAUUGAAUAUUUUAGACAAGAAAAAGUACAUAAGUUUGAACAGAAUAAGUACUAGGCUUUACAUCUAUUGUAAAAUCGACUAAGCUAGUUGUAGGCUAGAUCUUUUAGAAAUGUUGCAUUAAGCGAAAAUAAUAUAUCCAAUAGAUCUUGAAGAAAAGAUUGUAGACUUGAAAAAUUCAGGGGUAAUAAGUUCCAGACAACCCCUUAGCAAAGAGCUUUCAGGGUAGAAAUAUUCCAUAAAACUAAUCCUCUAAUUUACAAACUCAUAUUUCAAUUAAAACCAAGCUUCCAAAAAAAAAGACUCUGUCAACCAAACGAAAAUUCAGCCAAGCUGAUCAUCAAACAAACACACAAAAAACUUUAAAAGCAUCUCAAAAAUGCUGAAAAAAGAAAGAUAAAAGAGAACCUUUUAAAAAAAGUUUGCAAACAAAAAUAAAUAAAUAAAUAUUGCUGAGGCUUGAGGGCUCUAAUCGAUGCAACAUGAUCAAGCAAAAAAAAAUAAAUGAAAAGAGUUACCCGAGAAAUGGGAGCGGAGAGGUGGAAUAUUGAAUAUGUUUCAUUUACUUUAGUCAUGUAUACGGCAUAGCAUCUCUAGUAAAAGAUUUAUAAAAGAAAACAUUCCAUUAAUGAGUGCAAAUGAUACUGAAAAAUAUAAAAAAGGACAUAAAUCAUUUUAGCGCGAUGUUCAAUUACUAAUUUACGAUUUUUAAAUGUUUUUUUUUUCUGAGUUUAUUUUUUUGUACCUUAAUAAAGACAUUUUGCGUUUUUAUGUAUGUUUGUGAACGUUGAAACUGUUAGAAUCACUAUCAAAUGUAUGAAUCAAGAUUUAAUAUAAAUCAAUUCAUUAUCGUGUGAGAAAUGAAACUGUUUGUUAAAUUAUUUAAGUAAUUUUAAUUGUUAAAUUAUGUAAAUUAUUAAAAAAUUAUUGGAAUCAAAUUUGUUGACUAGGUUGGAGACUGUUUUUAAAAGAUUGAUAGCUAAGACAAGAUUUUUAAAGAAAGAUACUAGCUUUUGAUCUUUUAAGAAACAUAACCGGUAGCAAAUUUGACAUAAAAAUUGUAAGAAUGACUAGAACAAAAUCUCGAUCAGACUUUUUUUAAAAAUUAAAAAAUUAAAUUGGUAAAAAAUUCAAUAAAGAUUGAUUUUGAUCUGAAAAACUUAUUAAAUUGCGAAUUUUUCAUUAAUUAUAAUUCAAAACUUAACUUUGUGCAAAGGUGCUUUUAACAUUUAACUCAAAAAUUGAAAAUAUCAAUUCAUAAUUUAAUAAGAUUUUCAGAAAUAAGAUCAAAAGUAAAAAAAUUUAACAAAUUAAAUUAACAAUCACUUAAAAUUAGGAAAAAAAUCUACUUAACAAAUUUAAAGAAAAAUUAAUUCAUUUAGGAAAACAAAAUUAAAAUCUUUUUGAAUAGCUUUCAUUUUGCUAAAAAAACAAAUUUUGUGAAAGGAUGAAAAUGAGUAUAGACAUGAAAGCUCCUUAACAUUAUUGCAAAAAUUCUCAAAAUUUAAAAUUUUGCAAUUUUGCUAAGAGCAGAAAAAGUCAUUUUUAUUUUACCCUGUUUUUUCGUUAUAAGCUAGUAGCUUAGAAGAAUAAAAAAGUGAUUUUUUUGGCUCACUAGUAGCUUAGUAACGAGGAGUAGCUUAGUAAAGAAAUAGAACUUCAAUAAAAAUUUUGAAUUUUUUAACUUAAUUAAAGAAAUUUUGCUAUCUUCUCGAUUUUAUUUCAUUGACAAUGUCAUAAGGCAUUGAAACUGAUACUCAGAAAGUUGAAAAAGAUUAAUUAUACUUUAUUUUUGGCAAUUUUUGGUAGUAGCUUAGUAAAGAUUACAAAAAAAUUUCAAGUUCAAAAAACUUUACUAAGCUAGUAGCUUAAUAACGAGUAGUAGCUUAUAACGAAAAAACAGGGUAAUAAUAAACUUUGUGAAGUUGCAAUUUGCAUUAGAAUAAAGUAAAAUCAACAAUUUUCUUAAACUCACGUCAUAUUAUGUGGUGUCGGAGAAUAGGGGAAUCUGGGGUUUAUAUAGGCGAAUCUACCAGUACGAGAGAUGUGCCUCUGUGAAGCCAGUGGUUAGGAAACAGACCAGAUAUCUGUAACCCUCUUUUGUGAGGAUGUGGGUUCUAUUCCCAUCAGGGACUUAUCUCAAUCAUUAUAUAGAGUGUUCUUGAUAUAACAAGGAUUCGCACAAUGCUUACGACAUUACAAAGAUGUUCGAAGGAAAGGAUCGUUUUUCUAAUAAUUGAAUUUUUAAGGUAAUUUACAAGUCUUUAUUGACUCCAGGAUUUAUAGAAAAUAAUAUUACAGCUUUUUCUGAUCAUUAUAUAUCAAAUGCUACUCGAAAUCACUAAGUUAUUCAUUAUUAUGGUAGUGAGAUUCAAAAUAUUAUGUCUCGAAGGACUAAUUUGAGAUAUAUGAUUCCGAACUUAAAAGCUAUCCCAUAAUAACUAGAGCAUCUAUCUAUUGAACCUGAAUAAAAUUAAUAUUUAAACAACAUUUUGCUCCAUUGGAUUCUCUUUGAUGACCACAACAACUCCGAAGUCUAAAACAUUCAAAGAUCAAGUUAAGAUUCAAGCUUUCGAAUGAGAGUCAAUGUCAAAUUAUUGAAAAUAUAGUCACGCAUUAUAAACUUUUUCCCUUAAAUGCAAAAGAAUUCUAGAAAUAAUCACAGGAAUUUCAAGAAUUUCACUACAACAAAAAAAUUCUCAAUCAAUUCAUAAAAUCUCCUAUUUGUCGCCAACGACAUUUUUCUUGUGAGAAUAAAAAUAAAAUAAAAAUCUUAAAAACCAGAUAAAGAAUUGUAAGAUCCACAGAAAUUCUUUAUAUUUCUCUUGUUUAUUAAAAUUGCAUAUUCUCAGUUUUUAUUUCAUCUCGAAUUUUUUGCCGGUGUGGUCUUUUGAUCUUUAAUCUCGCGCCUCAUAAUUCUUACUUUUUUUUACCUUCCUUUCCUUUCCAAACAUCAUGCGGGGUGUAAAAAUUGCAUAGAUAAAAGCCAUUCGAUAUUUAAAACGUAAAGGAAUCAUAACCCGAGGACAAAUUAAUAAAGAAAUAAAAAAAAAGCAUAAAUUAUGUAAAAAUAAAACUCUCGAAAAAAAAUUGUUAACUUUAUU